AUGGGGUGCUCGUGUCCCCCAGACCCCUACGUGAAGGCCUCGCUGAUGGCCGAGGGCCGACGGCUGAAGAAGCGCAAGACAUCCAUCAAGAAGAACACGUUGAACCCAAGCUACAACGAGGCCCUCGUGUUUGACGUCCCCCAUGAGAGCGUCAACCACGUCAGCCUCACCAUCGCCGUCGUGGACUAUGACUGCAUCGGGCACAACGAGGUGAUCGGGCUGUGCCGGGUGGGCAGCGACGCGGAAGGUCCCGGGCGCGAGCACUGGGCACAGAUGUUGGCCAACCCCCGGAAACCCAUCGAGCACUGGCACACACUGGUGGAGGAGAAGGCUCUGGUGGCCAAGGGGACAACAAGGGACAAACAAGCCCUGGGGGAGCCCCUGGGCCCCCCCUGA